UUGUACACAUAAGAAAAUAGCCUAAAUAAAUAUAAAUAUCAAUAUCUGUUUGUUUUUGGAACCUAUAUUGACAAAUAAUACAAUAAGUAUAUAUGUAAACUGAUCUGGUUAGGGUUGAGAGGAUAAAGGUUCUUAACAUCACCCAUACUACAUUGGCUUAAAGUAUGCUUCAAGUUAAAUUCGGAAAUCAUAUUGAUUACGUUUUCCUGAUAUAUUAAUGGAUGUAAAUAUUCUGGAUCAAAAUCUCACAAACCUUAUUCAAAUUCAAAGGGAAUACAUUGAUGAUAAAAGUUAUUCUCAGUGAUUGAUUUUUCACCUGGAAUAUUUUUUUUCCUGAAAUGCUUAAGCAUUUAAUUUGCAGACGACAUCAUCUUAAAUGGGCAGACGCCGCCUCAGAGCUUUAUUUUACGGUCUAAUUUUCUGUGGUGUCACUUUUUAUUGUUGCUUUCUUGGAUUUCUUCUUGUGAAAAUACGAGAAUUAAAACAUAAAAAUACUGCAACAAGUUUCGAUUUCAUUGAUAAUACAAAAGAAACAUGGCGUCAUCGUGGUGUUACAAGCAAUACUCACGGUAGUAAUAAUGUUUCAAAUAACCCGUAUGGAUUAUUGAAUUUAUUUACCACUAUUUCUCUUAAACCGUUAUGGCAGAAUGUUAGUUUUUGCGAUAAGAGUUAUGUAUUUUCUGCGUUCUAUCACAGGGAAGAUCUUAUAAGUAUAAUAGCAACAACUACCCGUAAAAGUCUGCUAAAUAGGACCGUGCAGUAUCAAUGCCGAUUCUUCAAUGAACUUUCUCCUAAUGCUUUAAAUACUUGUAAUGAAACUAUAGUAAAAAGGAAAGCAAUGCCGGAAAACCGCGGGAAAAGAUACAGUGCUGCAUUUUAUACAUGCCCUUUACCUAAGUCGACUCGUCCAUACGCCGUAUCAUUGUCAACCGAUCAUUGUAAAUCUCCAUCAAACAUAUUGCCAAUAGUUUAUCCUCAGCAACAACAAAGAAAGUUUACUGUCUGUGUUUCUCCCUUGAAUUACCGCUAUAGUAAAGCAUACGAAUUGGUGGAAAUGAUAGAAUUCAACAGAAUAUUAGGGGCAGACUACUUUGUGUUUUACAACUAUAGCACAGACUCCAAUGUGGAUAGGGUUCUAGAAUAUUAUAAAGAACAAGGACUAGUGGAAGUUUUAAAAUGGAAUCUUCCCAUGAAGGUUGACACGUGGCCAAAGAAAAAAGAGCCUGUAGAAAUUCAUUACUUUGCUCAACUUGCAGCUUUAAAUGACUGUUUAUAUCGCAAUAUGUAUGUCAGCAAAUACGUUGUCUUUCAAGAUUUAGAUGAAUUCAUUAUACCAAAGAAACACUUAACUUGGUCCGAUAUGAUGGAAGCUCUUCCAAAAGGUUCCGGUGCUUAUAUAUUUAGGUGUUUUUUCUUUCGAAAAGAAUGGCCAGACACAACGAACAACUUUGAAGGUAAAGACAAAGCUCAAAAAUAUAAAAUGAACACUUUAUUGAAGCAAAAGCGAGAAUCGAAAGUACUCGGGAAAAGCCAUCGAUCGAAAUAUAUUGUUGAUCCGAAACAAAUAGACACUGUCGGAAUCCACAAUAUUUGGCGGUACCGGGCGGGUACUAAAGCUCAUUUUGUUGAUCCAGUAUUCGCACGCAUGCACCAUUAUAGGGAUUGGUUAAAUCCAAACGAUGCUAACACAGGUGUUGAGGAUAACAGGACUAUGGUUUAUAGAAAUGAAUUAUUACAGAAUACAAUACAUGCAUGGGAAAUGUUAAAAGAUGUGCCUUUAGGACCAAUCAGCCAUACUGAUUCGUGAUCUCAUUUUUGCAAUUUGUGUCAAAGGUGAUUUGACACUCUAAUUAAUGCCAAAACAGCAUUUAGAUUAUUUGUUUUUAUAAAAAUGUUGAAUAUUAUAAAUAUUGAAUUUCAA